CAAUUUUCAUUUGCACUGCGCUCGAGUUUGUGUUGCGUUUAGUUUCCUACGUCGCGCGCUUCGCGUCUACAGCCAUCUUCUAGACCGGCAACGAACGCCAACGUUCUGUAGUCAGACAGUUUCCGGGAAGCUAUAUGACGUCGUCGGCGUUUGGCUACGAUUUCACGUCGCGAGUUAGCACAUUGAGUGUCGUCGUGGUGUUGCUAGUGACCAGUUGGCAGUGUCAAAGUAGAGAAACGUGGUGGAGUAAGAACUUUCCGGGACAACCAGACCCGACGGUUUGUCCGGAGUUGAGUGACCCUGCACAUGGUAGACUUGAAUUUCGAGGAGAGGCAAUAAGGAAGGCUACGUACGUGUGUAACACAAACUAUUCCGUUGUGGGCGACCAGGAGGUGGUUUGCUCGUGCGGAGAAUGGAGUGGACCCAAAGGGAACCCGGCGAAUUCUACGUGCAAAAGAGAUGGUCAAUGGUCAAUGUGGUCAAAUUGGACAGAAUGUUCUCUCACUUGUGGCGGUGGAAGGGAAACUCGUACUCGAUCUUGUUCUAAUCCUCCUCCUGAACCGGGUGGUAUGGAUUGCUUGGGAGACCCUUAUGAGAUACGAAUUUGCAAUGCAGACAAAUGUCCAGUGUGCUCUAUCCAAAGUAACAUCAAAAUUGGAGACAUUUCUAUCACUCCUUUAGCCAGUGGAUCUGAAGUGAGUUUCUCGUGUCCAGAUGAGCACAACUUUCGACUCGAAGGACCUAAAGUCCAGUCUUGUGUUGGAUUAGAUCUCUCUAAACUUAGCAUUUUCUGCAUUAGAGUUUGUCCACAGCUGGAUCAUCCAGUCAACGGCAAUGUGACCGUAGAUGUAAACCGAACAGUUGCACGGUACAGUUGCCCGAUCGGUUUUUCAUUGCAAGGACCAGAGCAGAGGGAUUGUGAUGAUGGUGUCUGGUCGGGAACAGAUCCUGUCUGCAACAGAGAUUUGAUUAGUGCUGAUGAUGGGGAAGUUGAACCAACUGGAGUUAGCCCUCGAAUUGGCCUCGGUCAGGGUGUUUUCGAUAUUAACAGUCCGCAAAUCCUUAUAUCACAGUGCAAUGGAUCGACAUCAUUUAAUUUACGGACAACAACAACGCAAGCCGAAUUGAAAGUAACUGCCAUUUUAUUUCUAGUCACAAAUGAGACAGUUUUUCGCACAGAAGUGUUACUAAAUACGUCAGAAUAUCUUUCAGAUGAAGCUCGUUAUGUUUGUGUACCACUAAUAUGUAAUGAUACCACCGGGUUGGGCUUACCUCAAGUGGGACAGCUAAGAAUCACUGUGGAAAUCUUGGAUGGCACGGCUGAGUUUAGUAAUGUCAACUUCUUGGAAGGCACGAGCUGUGAAGGUCCUGAGGAUAGCGAAUCACUUGCAUCGUGUGAUAAUGGGACCGCCAGUGGUGACUGUGGGUUUCGUAACACCGGGUGUGGCACUGAAGACUUUGAUGUGUCACUCACAGACGAGUCUGAUGAGAGUUAUGAUGAGGACGACGAUGAUGACGAUGACGGAGACGAAAAACUUGUUAAGAUUUUGAACAACCAGACAGCUGAAAAUUGUGAAAAUUUUGGCUGUUUGUCGUGCUUGCGGGAUUCAGGAUAUUCAAUAUCAGCAAGAGAUAAUAAUGAAACAACUACCAACAAACGGAAGAAGAGAGCUGUUACCACACGUAACAACAAAUCAUUUUGUGUUUACCCUAAAAAGGGAGUCCUCGCCUUCUCAGAAAUAGCAUCUCAGUUUGUUAAAUUGGGCAGCCUUAAUGAGUACUACUCGUUUUUCUACAACAUGCGGAAAAGAGGGUUCCAUUAUCUUAAUGUUUAUGUUCAAUGCCGAGGUUACGUUCACAGAAUUCAAAUAGGAAAACACGGAUUAUCAUUUGUGAUAGCAAAUUACAACGGAGGUGGAUCACAUGGACAGCAAUGCUUAAAGCUGCACACUCGUAUUAAAGAGGUUUUGAAAAACAAGUGCACCGAGUUCAGAGUCAUCUUUCAAGUAGCUGCUCUAAAGAGAGCCAUAUGUGUCAAUAACAUGAGGACACUUCAUUGGAAGCAUGUGAAUUCAAGGCAUUGCAGACAUGUUGUUAAUAUUUAGAGCUGAUAGGCUCGGCACUCAUCUCGUCUUCUAAGGGAUGUCAUCAUAUUGCAUUCUAUGGUACAUACAACAGGUUAUUAGUGGGAUGUUGGAUUGAUUUGUUAAGUAUCAUGUAAUGACUGCAAUAAUUGGUAUCAUUUGGAGGUAGCUAGUGUAGAAAUGUAGUGUUACUUCCAUAAGUUUUGUUGGUCAAGACUCAAGUUUAGAUGGAAAGAGUUAAAGAUUGUCGAAUGCUUUACUGCUAUUAUAGUAAGUUGUUAGAUCGAAAACUGGUUGGGUAUCUGUUGUAUUGAUUAUUCUAGAACUUGAAACUGCA